AUGGAUGGAUCCAAGAUUACCAGAUCCACCGCCAUACGAAAAGCGGCCACUGCUACCUUAAGAGUAAGUAAUCAACCACCUCUUCCUCCACAACAAAACACAUCAGAUCCUAGAGCGUUAGUUCCUUCACAUUUGGACGAAGUUCGAGAUCUACAAGUGGCAAGGUCAAAUUUGAUCAAUCUGGUGGAGACUCCUAUUUUAGUUCCAACUACAUAUCAUGAAACCUUACUUAGAUUUCACAUGCUACAAGCAAACCUUGACAUACAAGGCACCAAUGAGUUACUGAACAACGUGUUCAAUAUUGCUCGAGAAUAUAAUUUAAAUGCUAUUGAAGAAAGGCUUCAAUGCCUUGAAGAAAUCCUCCACAAAGCUCCCUCCCGCGAGAAUACAAUUCAAGAAGCUGUUUCAAGAAAGACCCGCAUUGUGAUCUCGAAACUAGUCGAAACGAAGGGAAAUGAGGUUCCCUGGUCAAAGGAUCAGUGUAGAAGUAAAAAUCAUCAAACUUCCCCCUGA